AUGAAUUCACGCCGUCAGAGAUAUUUCCGCGCGCGGUCGCCCGGCGGCCGAGAACUCGACGUUUUGGAACAAGACGAGAUUGUAAUGGAAGGCGAUGCAGAUGGGCAGGAAGUGAGUCACGAGGAGAUAGUGGAUGACGAUGGAAGGGACGAUCUUGAUCAGCAAUCAAUGCAGUAUGACAAUCGUCCCUAUCAGUACACAGUGCCUCCGGCGCCCCCUCGUCGUCCAGGCCGCCCGCAGAAUCGAUAUAUCGGCGGUCCGCCGGUGGAUGUUGUGCAGAAGUUGCAGAGCAAGAACAUCUACGCGGCUCAACGCGGUCCGCCGCCGUCGAGGAUCUCCGCUGGCGGCGCUCGCAUCAUCAGUCUGCCGCAGGCGACGAGGAAACGCGAAGGCAACGUGAUCGGCGAGAUGAUGGUGAAACGCAUUGCCGGACAACAGCCGAUGUUCAUGAGCCGGGUGCCAUUGAACAACAGUAUGAUUAGGCAUGAGCCUCAACAGCAGUCGCAGAGAAUCCAGCAACAAUCGCAACAGCAGCAAGCCGAUCGAGGGGUGAAGGUGGUGAGAUUGGUGGCCAACUCGAAUAAGGUGAGCCCUCAAAUGGCUGAGCAGGCACUGAUUGACAUCGAGGAGCGCAUCAAACAGACGACGGAAGAGUCGAAAAUCGACAUGGAGAAGAUCAAAGUGCUUCAGGAGCAGGAGAUGACGACCGAUGAAUACCAUAGUAUGCUCGGCUAUCUCAUCGGCGAGGUCGAUCGUCUGAACACGGCGAACACGAGCCUCACCGACUACUAUCGACAGCGGCAACGGAAUGAGAAGAUCGUGUUCGAAUCGCGAGAGGAUUUGUACGCGGCGCGAAUCAGACAACUCGAAACGGAGAAUCGCAAACUGCGCGACGCGCUUCUUCUGAUGUAUCAGACGAGGAUAGAAGGGUAUGAGCAGCAGCAUCUGAUGGUUAGACACGAGCCGGACCACAACGAGGAGCAUAUGGGACCCAUUAUGGAAGGGGAAGGCGAGCAUGUGGUCUUGGAGGAGCAUGUAGGAGGACCGAAGCAGGAAGAGGUCCCUCCGGAAUGGAUUGUUGAAGAAACGGUUGAUGAGAUUCACCAUGUCGUGCAGCCCGAAGAGCAGCAGCAGCAGCAAGAGCAGCAGCUUGAAGAGCAAGAGGAGAAAUGCAAAAAGGGGGAAUAUGUUGAGCAAUAG